AGAGCCUAGUUUAUAAAACAGCAUAAUAUAUGAGACUGUGAAAAGUCUUUACAAUAUAUAUGGCACUGCACUUCAUUGCGCAGUCUGUGGACCAAGACCACAGUGGCGGCCCUUGGCUUGCCUCUUUCCCUCCCCCUCCUGCUGUCUCUCAUCCCUUCUGUGGGCAAUAUGACUAUGGGUCUUUUGGGGACAUACAUGGCAUUAAAAAUCCUAUGCAAUAAGUCAAAUUUGGAAGGAAAAAACCAAUAUGUUCCUUAUUGGCGGCCACUUGAGCAGGCUGAAGAGGGAGACAUUCACAGCACUUAGUCUCUAAAGCCUGCUGAGGGACUCUUGCAAUAACAUUAUGGAGCCAUUUCGGAAAGUGCCUCCUACAGGCCACUACAUGUGUGUCUCCUGGUGCAUUUGCAAACUUGCAUAUGUAUACAACAUCGACCUGAAAUAUGGCACCAGUAGCCAGAAGUGACAUAUUUUGGCAUUAUUUGAUGCUAAUUACUACUAGUAGUUAAAAAGUUGGCAAACUCUGGCCAAGGCCUCUCUGUGCAAUCCAUCUGCCACAAAAUCUGGUGGGGCCCUCCUGAUUAUACAUGCUUGGGAUGGGGUGUGCAUUUCUGCCCUGUUGGUUAUAUUUGUUUGCUAUUGGUUAUACAUAGGUCCUUGGACACUUUUAUUUUGCCGGUUAUAUUUUGCAGCCUCUAAAUCUUACUUUCUACUCAUCCCACACAUCAUGAUACCUCAUAUUUAAGUUUUUUGCUUUAAAGUUUGAGAUUUUUUAAUUAUUAUUAUUUUCCAUUUACUUAUUAAAGUAUUUUAAGUUAGUCUCAAUAUAGUACCUGGUACAGGUUUAUGGGAGGAAGUUGUCUAAAAUGGUCUGGGGCAUUUAUUGAUCAAGCAGACCCAGAUAGAAUAUGUAUAUCUCAAUGCUAUUUUCUUUCUUUUUCAGGCUUCUGCGCCAUCCACCAUUACUGUCUCACUGGCCAACUUCUCUGGUGCUGGGUGACCAUGGCCUUGCUGCUGCCUGGCUAUCUGGCCCAAGUCCUCAGUUUCCUUUGGUUUCAGGCAGAUGGUCACAAACCUGGCUGCUCUCUAAUGCUAAUACAUAUUCUGCAGCUUGGCAUUUGGAAGAGGUACUGGAAUGCUCUGUGGUUGGCUCUAAAGGAAGGAGGGUCCUCUUUCAUAAGAGAAGUCUGUAUGCAGCAGGGAGAUCUUGCUGUCCUGAGACUCCUAGAAGCCCUGCUGCAGACACUGCCUAACCUCCUCUUGCAGGCAUAUGCUUGUGUUGUGAUGGAAGCAAAAGGUAUUGUCCCAGGCUUGAGUGCUGGCAUAAGCCUCCUUUCCCUUUCCUGGGCUUUGGUCUCUUACAGCCGCUUUGUGUGCCUUAUAAAGCCAGGUCAUCUCUCUAUGCCUGGAGCAGCCCUUCUCUGCCAGUUACUAUGGAGGACUGGAAUGAUAGGAACCAGAGUCAUGUCCUUGGUCAUUUUUGCAAGAGUGUAUCACUUUUGGGUUUUGGUUCCCGCAGGUGCUCACUGGCUGGUGAUGUCCUACUGGAUUGUGGCCCAGCAGACAGACAUCUUCAGAAAUCCCUGGCACUGGAAAUUAUUCAACUUCCUCACAGGAGCCAUAUACACCUUUUGCUACAUCAGCUUCAAAGAUGGUUCUUCCCGUUAUAGAAUGGCUGUCUUUUAUAUACUGAUGCUUUCAGAAAAUGCCCUUCUGUUGUUGAUGUCAAUGGACUUCCUGCAGGAGAAUCUGUGGAGUAGCCUCUGGAUUAUAGGAGCAGUUAUGUCUGGAUUCAUUGUUGGCUCAGCAGCUCUGGUCACUUACUAUAGCUUGUUGCAUCCUAAAUCCUCAGAAAUCUGGCAGAAUUUUCUGAAAAGACCAUGUACUGUGGUGUCUGAGAAUCGCAAAGGAACUGAUGGAUCCAUUUUCCAAUCCAUGAACCAAACCAUCAGGAGUACUGUAGUUUCAGGUUUGCAAAACAUUGAAGUUUCCAGUGAAGAGUCUUCCAUGCAACAGUUGGGAAUACCCAACAUCUCAUCUUUAGUAGACCUUGGGGGACCUGGCAGUGGUAAGGACUCUUGGGGAAAUCAUCACCACUGGCUCUUAAUAAAGCUGGCCCUGAAAACUGGAGACAUCUCCAAAAUAAGUGCUGCCUAUGGAGAAGUUGAUCUUGAAAGUUUGUAUCCUGUAGUAGGGGUAAAACACAAGCAGUCCAUCUCCAAGCUUGAUCCCAGAAGAAAAUUGAUAUUUUCACCAAAGGGAAGAUUCCCCGUCAGUCCUAAGUCCAGAGUGAUGAAGCAGAGAUUCCUUGAAGAAGAGAACACUGCUGAUAACUUGAGUAGGAAUGUGAAAAGUUCUUAUGCCACUUUGUCAAGCAGGAAACAUGUCACUGUGGACUCCAUUCCUGAAGAAUGCAGCUCAAUCACAAACCCAAUCCAACACAUCCCUUCCGUUGGCACAGACUUGAAGAGCAUACAUGAAUGUUGCUUAAGCAAACAGAGAGGCAUACCUGCCAUUAGCCAUGAAGGGCAUAGCAAAGGGGAAGCCGAGCAGCAAGUGCAGAUGUGCACAAGUCUGUCUGUGUACGUCACUGCCAGCAUAGAGAAGGAUGCUUCUCCAGACACAAAGGAUAAGACAGCAGCAGCAGGUGUGGAUGGCAGGGCUGGCACCGCAGGAGACAACCAGUUAGGUGAAGCAGGAGGAUUUCUGCUCCCUGCCGAUAAUGCAAGUCCAAUAUUGGCAGUAAGCACAAAGGGCUGCCUUCAAAGCAGUCCUGUGUGCUGCUUCCCUACCCAUUACAGUGCCCCAGCAUCACCUAAAUGUUCAGACCAAGAAGGAAUGUUGAGGGUUCAAUGUAGCUCUUCAAACACCAACCUCUAUGGGAUUUGGGUUGCUGUGUUUAAAAGGAACCAGAGUUCAGCAGAGGAACCUUGGCUCACAUCCACUCCUAAGACUGACACCACUGGCCAAGGCUGAAUAUUGUGAGAAAGUGCAAAGGGAGGACAAAACUUCCUCUGGGCUGAGGAAGCCGCAGAAUUUGAGUGGUGCUCAGAGACUGUUCAAUGUUCAAAUGCAGUUCAAUGUUAGCAAGUGUAAAGUGAUGCACAUUGGGACGAAAAACCCCAACUUCAAGUAUAUGCUGAUGGGAUCCGAGCUGUCGGUGACGGACCAGGAGAGGGAUCUUGGGGUUGUGGUUGACAGCUUGUUGAAAGUGUCGACUCAAUGUGCGGCAGCUGUGAAAAAGGCAAAUUCAAAGCUAGGGAUCAUUAGAAAG